UUUCCUUUUCUUUAAUUGGGAGGCCACCAAAUCUCAUCAUCAUCAUUCUUUCUCUUUCUCUUUCUCUUUCGCUUAAUGGUUUAGGUUAGUUUUUGGCACUCUUCUUCAACCCAAUCUUCUGCUUGUUAGGUUGCACCAUUGGAGCAAUGGGCCCUCUUCUCCACUCAAGACUUUAAUGGUGAGAAAACAGUAAAAAGGGGGUCUCUUUCUUCAUUUGCUUUUCUUCCUCAUAUCUUGCUGUCUUGCAUUUGAGGGUUUUAGGUCAACAAUAAAACUCUUUGUUUUAUGAUUUGUGGGUUUUUGAUCUACACGGUUUUUGCGAAAUGGGAUUUUGAUUUCCUAGGGUUUUGCUCUUUGUGUCUUUCUUUAUAAUUUAUGGGGUUUUGAUUUCUUGGGUUUGUAUUGACCAUUUGGAGAUCUGAGCUUGAGUUUAUGCUUUUUGAUCAGCUUUGUUGACUAUAUAAAGUUUGUGCCUUUUGAGUGUUCUGUUCUUUAUCUUCAAUUUCUUCAACUGGGUAUCAAAUUCAAAUUGUGGGUGUUUUGCUUCUUGAAUUAUAAUCUUGACUUUGAAACUGGUGAGUUGGGUUUUAGAGGAAGAAACCCUAAUCCCUCUACGGGGUCCAAUCUAUGUUUCAAAGGCAAAGAUUGAGGAUCAAGAACUUGCUUUGAAGCUGCCAUUGGAGAUGAUGAAUUAUGAAAUCCGCAUGUAGUUAGCUGAUCUCAAGAAUGGAAAGAGGGAUUCAGCCUCCUUUGGUGGAUACAACAGCUUGCUUGUGUAGAGUAGACGCCGGUCUGAAAACCGUCGCUGGAGCAAAAAGAUUCGUUCCUGGUGCAAAGCUGUGUCUGCAACCCGACAUCAAACCAUCGAUCCACCCCACCAGACAAAAACCACCGCGUGACCGAACCCGUAGCCAAUCCCCUCUUCUGCCCGGACUGCCCGAUGAUCUCGCCAUUGCCUGUUUGAUACGUGUCCCAAGAAUCGAGCACCGCAAGCUCCGGUUAGUUUGCAAAAGAUGGUAUCGUCUUCUGGCAGGGAAUUUUUUCUAUUCUCUUCGCAAGAGCCUAGAAAUCGCUGAAGAAUGGGUGUACGUUAUGAAAAGAGACAAAGAUCGAAAGAUGACGUGGCAUGGGUUCGACCCAAUGAACCAGCUCUGGCAGCCGCUACCACCUGUGCCCAAAGAAUACUCGGAAGCCCUGGGGUUCGGGUGUGCGGUUCUGAGCGGCUGCCAUUUGUAUUUGUUUGGUGGUAAAGAUCCCGUCAAGGGUUCGAUGAGACGAGUGGUUUACUAUAGCGCACGGACUAAUAAAUGGCACCGGGCCCCCGAUAUGCUUAGGAGACGACAUUUCUUCGGAUCUUGUGUCAUAAACAACUGUUUGUAUGUAGCCGGUGGCGAAAACGAGGGGGUCCAACGGUCUCUAAGAUCAGCAGAGGUUUACGAUCCAAGCAAGAACCGAUGGUGUUUCGUUUCGGAUAUGAGCACAGCAAUGGUGCCGUUUAUCGGGGUGGUUUAUGGCGGAAAGUGGUUCUUAAAGGGGCUUGGGUCACACCGGCAGGUGGUAAGCGAAAUGUACCAACCGGAAACAGACAUGUGGACCCCGGUUCACGACGGGAUGGUUUCCGGUUGGAGGAAUCCAAGCACGUGCUUAAACGGGAAACUUUACGCUUUGGAGUGCAAAGACGGGUGUAAAGUAAGGGUUUACGAUGAAGAAACGGAUUCUUGGAGCAAACAUAUCGAUAGCAAAAUGCAUAUGGGGAACUCAAAGGCUUUAGAGGCGGCGGCAUUGGUGCCGCUUAACGGGAAACUCUGUAUCAUACGGAACAACAUGAGUAUUUCGUUGGUAAACGUGGCGAAAGACGGUGGUGAAGGAAUGGUGGCAGCGGAGCAUUUGUGGGAAACGUUGGCCGGAAAAGGACAGUUGAAGACAUUGGUGACGAAUCUAUGGUGGAGCCUGGCGGGUCGGAACCGCCUGAAAAGCCAUAUUGUUCACUGUCAAGUUCUUCAAGCAUGAAAAAUGGCGGAUGAUGUUAUAUACACACUUGAAUGUUUUAGUUGUUGGAAUCAUCGAAUCGAAUCUUGACCAAAAUCAUUUCUACUUAAAUGUUAUCAUAGCUUAGCCUUACGUAC